CAAAGGCAAAUGGUAGGCGUGGAGAUGUAGUCGUCGAGGAUUUAUUUACACGUUCCCAUAGACUGGAGAGAGACGAGACAAUAAACUAUGUAAAAACUACAACAGCCAGAGUUCCCAGCGGGAUAGAGGCGUCCUGGAAAAUGGUUUGUUUGAGUGCCCCACCUACUCCUGCGCUUGCUCUGUGAAGGAGCCAUGGCGUAUAUAGCUGGCAGUGGGAGCAGAUGAACAGUAUUUUUUUUUUCUCGACCAAAUCAUCUUGGUUCCUCGUCUUAUUGCUGUGGCUCAGUGUAUCACCAUCAUGGUGUGGUUUGGAGAACUAUGACCAAUAUUUGAUUGUAAUAGUUACUUGGCGUCUAAUCGUAAGUUCAUACUGAUCAAUUAUGAACGUAAUAUUUUGGGAGGGGAUGUUUUAAAUAAAUUAUCUGGAGAGAGAAAAAAAGCUUGUUGACCUAGGCGCUAUUGUUAGCAUAUUGGCUAGCUAAGAAAAGGGUCUGAAAGCGGAAGUGGGGACGUUUCCGGAUACCGGCUGACAAGGAAGGUGGUGCAGAAGUCCUUCUUGGGCAUAUUUUGUCAAACUUUAUCAUCCCUGGAUUGUCGGUGCUUUCAGGACAACUGGGAACUCAGAGGGGAAAAAAACAAGGUUCAUUGAUUGGUGGAAACCGUAAGUGAUGGAUGGAGACAUGGAUCCAACAGGGCCCGAGAGGAUUCUGCUGGAACCCUACAAGUACCUGCUACAGCUGCCAGGAAAACAAGUACGGACUAAACUCUCUCAGGCGUUUAACCACUGGCUCAGUGUUCCCGAGGACAAACUUCAGGUGAUCAUACAAGUGACAGAGAUGCUACACAACGCCAGUCUCCUGAUAGAUGACAUUGAGGACAGUUCUACACUGAGGAGAGGUUUCCCUGUCGCCCACAGCAUCUACGGAGUCCCCUCUGUUAUCAACUCUGCCAACUACGUCUACUUCCUGGGACUGGAGAAGGUGCUGACCCUGGAUCACCCCGAGGCAGUGCAUGUGUUCACCAGACAGCUGUUGGAGCUGCAUCGCGGCCAGGGCCUAGACAUCCACUGGAGGGACACCUACACCUGUCCCACAGAGAGCCAGUACCGUACCAUGGUCCUCCAGAAGACGGGGGGUCUGUUUGGCCUGGCCGUGGGGCUCAUGCAGCUGUUCUCUGGCUGGAAACGAGACCUUAAGCCUCUCCUGGAUACGUUAGGACUCUUCUUCCAGAUCAGAGACGACUACGCCAACCUGAACUCAACAGAGUACAUUGAGAACAAGUCCUUCUGUGAGGAUCUGACCGAGGGGAAGUUCUCCUUCCCCACCAUCCAUGCCAUCUGGUCCCGUCCAGAGAGCACUCAGGUUCAGAACAUCCUGAGACAGAGGACGGAGAACGUGGACAUUAAGAGGUACUGUGUGGACUACCUGGAGAAGGCAGGCUCCUUCGCCUACACCAGAGAGACCCUGAGAGGGCUGGAGGUCGAGGCAUACCGCCUUAUCACUGAUCUGGGGGGAAACCCUGAGCUGGAGGCGUUGGUGAAACACCUCAGUAAGAUGUUUAGGGAGCCUGAGACAAAAUCUGUCCCUGAAGAGGACUGACCACAUCUACCAGUCAGAGCCGCAGUCCAGCCACACAGAACACUGACAUCAUGCUCACCACACUGUCGCACGGCUGGAUUAUACAGAGUCCCCCUGAGCAUGACAACUAUACCAAAACCAAGAACUCACAGCUUCACAAACCUUGUCUUUCUAGUCGUACUCUAGACAAAUGUCAAACACAACACAUGAUUAUACAUAUGGAGAAGAGGAGAUAUGUUUACCACAUGGACUUGUCAGAACGCUGUCUCUACAAAAUCUUAAAAAAUUCUAAGUGUUAAUUGCAGCUUCAAGUUUAUUUUAUUUUUUUUAACGUUUUUUUUAUUUCAAUACUAAAUGGAAAUGAGUUUCCCGGCUUUAGUGAAAUGCCAAGUGUCAAUGAGGUGUAGAGGAAAAUAUGAGGUCAGCUUUCUGAGGAAGGUACAACCAGAGUGUGGUGUUCGGUGUGCGUUAGAUGAAUGAAUGUUCUAUCAACGUGUUUGGUUAUUGUCUGCUAGCUUCACCUAAAGUUGAAGUGUGUUUCUGGUUCAACACUUAGUGUCUCCAGAUUCACAGCACGUUCUCCACGUUAUUACAUUUGUUUACGUUGAUACUGUACACUGCAUAUGGCUUUUAUGUAACAAACAUGAAUUUAUUGAAUAAAAACUUUUUUUUUU